UCGCCCGAGAAGGACGGUCACACUGCUGAAAAUAUCCUAGUACUCAUAGUGUCCUGGUAGUUCGUAGAAAAUAAACUUAAAAAUGUUAAGGUGUUUGUGUUUUUUCGCGGCUGUGUUCAGUGUGAGAUCUGCUUCGGCCCCAUUCAUCACACCAUGCAAGCAAGGUGAUGCAGCAUGCCUCAAAUCAUCGGCCCAGGCCGCCUUGCCGAUCAUCGCGCCAGGCAUCCCAGAGCUGGGCAUCAAGCCCCUGGACCCCCUGAGGCUGGACCUCGUCAAGGGGGACCAGGGAGGGCUCCAGCUGUCGUUCAGAGACACAGUCCUCACCGGCAUGAAGGGAUGCACGGUUGAGAACGUCAAGCAUGACCUAACCAAGGGCAAAUCCUUGGUGGUGAUCAAGUGCUCGGUGAACCUCCAGGGCAACUACAAAUUGGGAGGGCAACUUCUGAUCCUACCCAUCCAGGGUGAAGGGAAAUACACAAUCAACAUUCAGGACAUAGUGAUAAAGACAUACAGCGACAUCACAACAGUCGAGGGCGCGGACAGCAAGCCGCACUGGCACAUCACAGACUGGCGCAACAGCUACCAGGUCAAGACCGGCACGCAGUUCCAGUUUGAUAACCUCUUUAACGGCAACAAAGUUCUUGCCGUCCCCGUCCAUGACUUCGUAAACAACAACUGGAGGGAGGUGAUGCAGGAGAUUGCGGGGCCCAUCGUGCGCGCCAUAGUGGCCGCGGUCGUGGAUGACGUCGAGGCGCUCUAUAAGGCGGUACCAGCCGAAGAACUAUUUAUUGCGUAAAUUGGCUCGUUAGACAUUGUAUUAAUUUAGAACAAAGUGUAAUAAUUAUAGCCUGACCAGGAACAUAAAAACCCUGGCAUAGAGGCGCGUCGAUUGCAUUUGAUAGUACAACACUGAGUACAGUCGUACCUGUGUUAAAUUAAUAGGCUAACUUUAUGUAUCAGGAUUCAGGAUUACGGGCUAAUUUGAUAUUUUCAUAAAUUAACGAAAAAAUAUUAUUAUAGGUAACCUGGUUUAAAUAAAUUAAAUGAAACCAUCAAUCGAGCUAGUAGGAUUUAUUUUAUUAUUCAUCAAUAAUCUAAUUCAGAACAUGAAUAUUCAACUGCAAUGUCUGCUCAUGAACGCUUCAAACUCGGUAGGGUAAGUGCGUUAGUUUUCGUCCAAUUAUCGGAGUUGCCAACUUUGUGAUGCGAAAUGAAUAUCUUAAAAUACCCUUACUCAUAUGUAUCAUAUGUCAUUUUAGUCCUUAUAUAGUCUACUUUACGUUAAUAUUAUAUGACAAUAAGUAAAUACCACGGGUUUUUUUAUAAAAAAUAUUUUAUGCAAAAGAGGCGAUUUCACUAGUUUUCGUCCAAAAAAAUCAGUUUUCGUCCUAGUGUACGCUAGUUUUCGACCACUGUGUAGAAAAAAGGGUGCAGUUGAAUUAUUAACUUAAAACCAAUUCUACAAUACAAUAACUAUGGAUUGUGGUAUAUCAUUUGAAAGGUAAUUUUGUUAGCUUUCAAAUGAUAUCAAAAAGAUUUAAAUAAGUUUCUUACCUAAAUUUAGGAAAAUAUUGCAAUAGGUCGAAGGACAAAUGGACGAAAACUAAUCUACAGGAAUACCUAAUUUUGGUUUUCGUUCACCCCAGUGCUUGCUCAUGACGUCAUGGACGGAAACACAACAACGUUUAAAGCUGUUUUUUGUUUUCGUCCACAUUUUUUUUAACGGUUUUUAUGGGUUUAUCACUGUUAAAAAGUGGACGUAAACUAAAAUGUUUAAUGUAAUAGCAAUACAGAUCAUAUUGGAAGAAAAAACAUUGUAUUUUGUAGGUCCAUUGAAGUAAAAUGAUUAUUAAAAAUAUUGACUAGGUGUCAGGGUUUCCGUCCACGUGGACGAAAACCAAAAUCUUGCAAAAUUGUUAUGCUAGUAUUAGUCCACUUAAUUAUCUAAGAUUUCUGUACAAAAACUUUAAUAAACCCUUAAAAUAGUGUUUAUUAUGCUAAUAAUUAGACAUACGUGCCAAAAACAUUACGUAAAGUAGCUAAAACAGUAAUUAAACAUAUCAUGAAAGUUCCCUACCGGCACGUUUUUUUUCUAACUUGACGACGUUUUCCAUUCACCUGUGUGCAGCAGCAACUUCCGUAGAUUUUUUUGGAGUUAUUACUUGUCAAAUUACAUUUUCAUGCAGGCAGAACUGUUACUUAGAUAUUAUAGAUUAUAACAAGUCCAAACUUGCACGGAAAGUUAGGUUUGUAUUCUAAUUUUCCGUAUUUGUUUGUGGCAAGUCGGUCAAAUGGACGAAAACAGGAGCUGGACGGAAAACCGGCACAAUUACCCUACUUCUUUCCCAAUUCCAUAAAAUUCAACACUUAGAAAGUGACAAAAAAUUUUAAAAUAGGUAGUUGAAACAAACCACAGCUAAUUUUCAUAGUGGACUGUACUAUACGAUAAACAUGUCAGUCAAUUUGACAACCUUUGUCAGAAACAUUAUUCAAUGAAAAUAUUGUCCGAACCCUUAGUAUUUCUCUUCGACAAAUACUUUAACACAUAGUGAACCACUUUUCCUUCACGACUAUAAAAAGAUUUUAGCAAUUUAAUU